GAAAAAUUUGCACACCAAUGAAUGUUGAAUGCGAUACCUUUGUAUUGGAUUCCAUUUAAAUUUCCGCGAAUUAGUCACUUGUGUUUAGAAAAAAACAAAUAGUUACAACGUCGUAAUGUUUCCCAUUGUUAUGCCGUGACUUGUGGAGAAUGUGAUAGACAUUUUCUUGUGUAAUUUCUUAUAGAAAGUUGUGGCCCUGAUUCCUGUUAUUCUUUUAUCUCCUAUCGGUUUGUUAAAUGAGAAUGUUUAGGUGUCCUAUAUAAAGGUUAUUAGCAUAUGGAGUGUCCAGAUUAGUUGUUCAACGACCUGAUAAUGAAGCAGACAGACUGAUAUAUUUAAGAAAAAUCGAAAUGAUAAAUACAGAGGCCACGCCAGUUGAGGAAAGUACAGAAAUGGUGGAGCAAAACAAAGAGCCAGCGUCGGAGCUGGUGGCAGCAAGAGUGCCGAUCAAUGGCAUGACAUGUCAGUCCUGCGUGCGCAGCAUAGAGGGCUCCGUGUCAGAGUUGCCUGGUGUUGAACACGUUAAGGUGGAGCUAUCAGAAAACGCGGGUUACUUCAGAUAUGACCCGCGCGUGUCCUCGCUUGAGGCUAUCCGCUCCCACAUAGAGGAUAUGGGGUUCGAAGCCGCGUCCGAACAAGACGAGACUAAACAACUACUUCCAAAAGAGAUACCGACCGAGCUGCUGAUAGACAUGUCUGGCGGGGAGACGACCGAGGUGCUGCUGUCAGUCGUAGGGAUGACAUGUCAGUCCUGCGUCAACACUAUACAGGAUGCUUUAAGAGAACUACCGGGUGUGAUAGAACCUGUGGUGGACCUGGCCCACGGCACGGCGACCGUGACGAUAUCGCGGUCGUUACACGCUGAGCAAGUCGCGGACACCAUACACGACCUCGGCUUCGAUGUCAGAAUAUUGUCCAAGGGUGACACAGAAAACUCAUCGCCGAGUAGAAGCGAUCAAGGGUCAGGGGAUGGUAUCAAACCACCUACCCCUGCCAAGAGUAAAACUCAAGUUAAUGGGGUGACGUCACCUCCGGCCGCUCAGGACCAGAUGUCGCGCUGCACGCUGGAGGUGAAGGGGAUGACGUGCGCGUCCUGCGUGGCCGCAAUUGAGAAACACUGCGCCAAGUUGUAUGGUGUCCACGAAAUAAACAUAGGAUUAUUAGCUGCAAAAGCGGAAGUCAGUUACAACCCGCGCAAGAUAUCCGCUGCGGAUAUCGCUAGGAGUAUCACGGAGCUCGGGUUCCCGAGCGAGGUCGUUAGUGAGGACGACACUGGCGAGAGGGAGCUACUUGUCAAGAUAUCGGGCAUGACGUGCGCGUCGUGUGUCAACAAAAUAGAGAAGAGUUUGCUUAAGCUCAGCGGGGUGUCGUCCUGUGCGGUCGCGUUACUCACUUCCAGAGGUAAAAUUAAAUAUGACGCAGAGGUGGUCGGUCCGAGGACAAUAUGUGAGAGUAUCAACAAGCUGGGCUUCGAAGCGAGCGUCGUAAACAGCAAUAAAGGGAGCACCGACUAUUUGGAACACAAAGAAGAAAUAAGAAAGUGGCGUAACACGUUUUUAAUAUCCUUGGUGUUCGGCGCGCCGUGCAUGGCCGCAAUGAUAUACUUCAUGAGCCUGAUGUCCCACCAACACAGCGCCAAAGACAUGUGUUGCGUCGUGCCGGGACUGAGCGCGGAGAAUCUUGUCAUGUUCCUACUGUCUACUCCUGUACAGUUUAUAGGUGGCUGGCAUUUCUACAAGCAAGCGUACAAGGCUCUAAGACACGGGACAGCCAAUAUGGACGUUUUGAUAUCAAUGACCACUACUAUCAGUUACGCGUAUUCUUUAGCCGUGGUGAUAGCAUCGAUGGCGAUGCAGCAAGACACCAGUCCAAUGACAUUCUUCGACACCCCUCCUAUGUUACUGGUUUUCGUCUCCUUGGGGAGAUGGCUGGAACACAUAGCUAAGGGCAAAACCUCCGAAGCUCUAUCGAAGCUGCUAUCACUAAAGCCGACGGAAGCGACACUAGUGACCUUGGACAAAGACCUGAAUGUAGUCAACGAAGAGAACAUACCUGUUGACUUGGUCGAGAGAGGAGAUGCGCUGAAGGUGGUCCCAGGUGCAAAGAUACCGGUGGACGGGCGUGUGAUAUCCGGACAGAGCACGUGUGACGAAUCCCUUAUUACUGGCGAGUCCAUGCCCGUACCGAAGAACAAAGACUCGCUUGUAAUAGGGGGAAGCAUAAAUCAACAUGGCGCCCUAUUGGUCCGAGCCACGCAUACGGGCGAAGCGAGUACUUUGGCCCAAAUAGUGCGAUUGGUCGAAACUGCACAGAGCAGCAAGGCGCCCGUGCAACGAUUGGCUGACACUAUCGCUGGGUACUUCGUCCCGUUGGUAGUGUUCCUGUCAGUCCUCACUCUCAUCUGCUGGAUCGUGACGGGAGCUAUCAACGGGGACAUUAUCUUGCAGAUUACACCCGAAAUCUUCCGCAACGCAGGUUACUCCAAAUGGGAGUUGAUAGUCCAAACUGCCUUUCACUUCGCCCUCUCAGUGUUAGCUAUUGCCUGCCCCUGUGCCCUGGGGCUGGCUACCCCCACGGCGGUCAUGGUGGCUAGCGGGGUGGGGGCGGAAUUGGGGUUGUUAGUGAAAGGGGCGGAACCACUGGAAAACGCGCAUAAAGUGAAAACAGUGAUAUUCGACAAGACAGGCACGAUCACACGCGGCCGGACAAGCGUGGCCAAAUGUUCGCUGCUGACCGGCGACCCCAACAUGUUGGCCGAUGUGCUCGCCAGCAUAUUGGCAGCUGAGAUCAACUCCGAGCAUCCCGUCGCUUCAGCCAUAGUCCGCUGGUGCACGUCAGUGCUGGGCGAGGCGGCGGGCGGCCGGUAUCAGUGCGCGGAGUUCAGCGCAGUGCCGGGCUGCGGGCUCCGCGCCAAGCUGCGGCCCGCGCGCCCGCCGCUGUCUGCUGCGCUGGCGGCCAAGGGGAACCUUAAGGGGGCUGGGGGUACGCUGCAGCUGUCGGGGGUGCCGGUGGAGCUGGUGGCGGGGGACGGGGACGCGGCGCUCAGCUCCGCGCAGGCCGCCAACCGGCUCAGCUGUCUCAUUCCCACUGAGGGAGAGGACGGGCAACAAAUAGUUUUAAUAGGUAACAGGGAAUGGAUGAACAGAAACGGUGUGACAGUGCCGAGGAGAGUCCUGGACACGCUGCAACAAGACGAGGAGUUGGGGAGGACCGCCGUCAUAGCCGCUAUUAAUGACCAACUGGUGUGCACUCUGGGUAUAUCAGACGAAGUGAAACCGGAAGCCCAUUUAGCAGUGUACUGCCUCAAGAAGAUGGGUCUCCAAGUGUGCCUGCUGACGGGAGACAACAGGAAAACCGCUGUGGCCAUAGCUAGACAGGUGGGGAUAAAUAAAGUGUACGCAGAAGUGCUGCCCUCGCACAAGGUGGCAAAAAUACAGAAACUGCAGGAACAAGGACAGAAGGUUGCUAUGGUUGGCGAUGGGGUGAACGAUUCGCCUGCGCUUGCGCAAGCGGACGUGGGCAUCGCUAUAGCGAGCGGCACCGAUGUCGCAGUCGAAGCUGCGGACUUAGUUUUAAUGAGGAACGAUCUGCUGGACGUGGUUGCGUGUUUGGAACUGUCUAGAACGACUGUGCGUCGCGUCCGCCUAAACUUUCUGUUUGCGUCUGUAUAUAACUUGCUUGGUAUCCCGUUGGCGAGCGGCGCGUUUGCCAUCUUUGGACUGCAGUUACAGCCGUGGAUGGCGUCCGCUGCGAUGGCAAUGAGUUCGGUGUCGGUUGUGUGCUCAAGCUUGUUGCUCAAAACCUUCAAGAAAGCAACUCCGGAACAAUUGCGGACGCCGGAGUACCUCCAGUCCGUUCAUCUGGAGAGGCUCGACAGCAUAUCGGUGCACAGGGCGCUGGACGACAGUGUUCCUGUCUCCGGCAACGCGUCUCCCCUUGCCAACAAGAAGAGGGAUUCGUGGAAGUCGGCUCUAAUCAAGGUUUAGUUUUAAUUGAUUAUUUCAUAGAAGCAAACCUAACGACGCGUGUCUACUUCAAGAUGAGGACGAUCUUAUCAACGUGUCAUUCAUACCGAAGCGGCCGCUCAGAUCCGCGCCCAGCAUCAACGGUUGACCGGUAAAGGUUAAUUUUAACGUUAUUAAGCCCACAAGGGCCAUGCUUCAUUGCUCAGUUGCGCCCCGUUGCGACGCAGCGUGUUGUAGCUCCGUUGUUUCUCAUUGUGACACUGACGUGCGUUGACGUACGUCGAAAAACGCACAAUUACUGGUAUCACACGUGAAACACCUCCCAUAAACUACUUGGGUAUGUCAAAACAAGCAACUUUUAUUCUACGACUUUUCGUGAUUCGUAGUUUUUGUUUUCAUAAUAAAAAAAAACAAUUAAUUUGCGAUUCUACACAUGUUAACUGUAUGUAAUAGCCGAGCAACGCGAGACAGUACACGAGGAAUCGAACAUAGAGUUAACGUUUUAUAGAAACGACAUUAAAACUAAAAAAAAAGAUUUUUUGUAUUUACUACGUGUAGACAAAAGUCGUAGAACAAAAGAUGUUAGUCUCUAUGUACCUUAUGCGCCUUUGGAAGGUUAUGCGUUAGAUACCAGUGACCCUGUAUACAUGAAGGAGGACGACGCGCCGCGACUCAGCAAUGAGGCAUGGCUCUAAAGGUCAAUUUUACUGUUUCUAAGCCCACUUGCGUCAACGGUUAACGGUUAAAACUUAAUAUACGCUUAUUAAGCCUAACAAGGUUACAGGAAAAACUUAUCUGGUUGAAGUGUCGACUGUUUUAAAUGGAAUUUCCCUCCCAAAAAAUAAUUAUUGUAAUUAUUUUAUCAAUUCAAUGUUAAUUGUACAGUUAUUACAGUUGAAGAUUUUGAAGUAAUAAUUUGCUGAACUAUGCGAAUUAUCCAAAAAUAUAUUUCAGUUACUAUCUGAAUUAUAACAAUGUUACAAACAUUUCAUAACAAAUAUGAAAAUGUUACGUUUCAUAGUUUUCAACUGAUGUCACAAACUCGAAUAUGGAUAUAAUAUAUUGCACAACUUUUGUGAUAUUAGAAAGGAGGAACGACAAUUUUCUAACGCAUAGCAAAAGUCGGAAAAAUGUAUUUUAGGUCUCCAAUAAUAGUGCGAGCAUACGUAUGUGUAUAGGAUGUUUCGACCGCAGCGGGCGCGCUGUCAUUAUAAUUUUUCAAAUUUUAACAAAGAAAAUAACAACUUAUUGUUACUGUCAGACUUUAAAAUAAUUAAUCUCUACUGUGGUAAUGUCAAUUUUAUGAAUGACUAGAUGUUGCCCGAGGCUUCGCACCCGUUGGAAUUUUGAGUUAAAAUAUAGCCUAUAGCAAUCUUGGAUAAUGUACCUUUCUAAUGGUGAAAGAAUUUUUGAAAUCGGUUCCGCAGUUUCGGAGAUUACCCCCACAAACAUACGAACUCACAAACGAUUAAUAAUAGUAUAGAUUGAUUUUGGAAAUUAUUCCUUGCUCAAGAAAAUUGAAGGAUCGUAAUGACAGCGCGGCCGCAGCGGUCGAACCACUCUGAGAUCCACCCACAAUUCGAUUUUGGUCGAAAGGUCACAAUAAGAUGCAGACGACUGCGCGCGGGCCAACCGCUCUGCUAAAGGAACAUUUUGCAAAAGUAACAUUGUGAGAAAGGGACGCUUUGGGAAAGGAAGAUUCUGCGAGACAUUCAGCGACGAAGCGGUAUUUUUGGUGGCUCGGCGCCAAAUGAAGUGCGUUCAGGAACUUAUGAGGCGGCCUAUGGGUUCCUUUUGCAAAAUGUCCCUUUUAUAUAUAGGCAAUUUACGAAAUUCGCGAUCAAGCGGUUUUUUGUUAUAUCUUGGUAUAUACUUCGAUCAGUUAUAUAUUUUUUACUGAAGGUUUUAUAAUUAAAGAGAUUCUUCAAAGUAAAAUGUUAUAUGUCUUAUAAUAUUGCUGUCUCGUUCGUGAUAGUAUGUGAAACGAAAGAGAUGGCAAUAGUAUUGGACCAAGAAUUUGAAUACUUACGCAUUAGCAAUUGCUGUAAGACUUUUGUUUGGAUGAGAAAAAAUAUGAAUGAUUAUGUCUAUAUUUGCAUAGUGUUGCCACAUAUCUCAGAAAUGUUAUCGUAACUUGCCAAUAGUGUAUAAUUAACUUAUAUAAAGUAUGUAUUUUUCGUUAAAAAAAAAACAAAUUCGUCCCGCUGUUAAUUAACGUAUAAUAAGAAGCGUUGGUUCAGUGGUUAAGACGCCUGUAAUAAAAAAAAAACUAUUGCCUGGUGACAGACGGACAGCGGAGUCUUAGUAGGUAAUAGGGUCCCGUUUUACCCUUAAAAGCGCAAAAAAUCACCCUUAACUUUACCACAAAUCGAUUCAUCUCAAGAUAUUGGUUUUCAAUUUAAAUUUCGCGAAGAAAUACAGACAGACAGGUACAUUUUCCUUUAUAAUUAAUGGCUUUCUGUCUUUGAUUUCCCGAAUUGAAAUGAAUCUUAUUAUAGUAAGCAUAGGGCUUUGACGACCUCGGUGGCGCAGUGGUAAAGUUCUUGCCACUGAACCGAGGGUUCGAUCCCCGGUCGGGUCAUGAUGGAAAAUGAUCAUUUUCUGAUUGGCCCAGGUCUUGGAUGUUUAUCUAUAUAUGUAUAUGUUAUAAAAUAUAGUAUCGUUAUGUUAGUGUCCCAUAACACAAGUCUAGAACUUACUUUGGGGCUAGCUCGAUCUGUGUGAUUUGUAUUAAUAUAUUUAUUUAUUUAUUUAUAAGGCUGGUUUUUAUUUCCGCUUUUAUAAAGUUUUUUCAAGUAAAUACUUAGGUUAUACUGUAAACAUAAACGGUUAACAUAACAACAACAUUUUUAACUGAACAGACAUUAAACAUGAUGCGGAUUAUAUUUUAGAGAAUUAAGAGCGGAACGAAUUUUUUGAGGUUAAGUUUCUUUUUAAUCGUGUUGCAAAAGACGACAUUUUUUUUUUUUUUUUUAAUAUUUUUCGUCUGCCAAAAAUCAUAUUUGGUAGAAUAAAUAACAAUACAAGACUAUUAUAUUUUACCAAAAAUAAUUAAUAUUCGUUUUGUCAGUUGUCAAAGAUUAUAUAAUUAUGUUUGUACAGUAUGAAAACUAACCCUAAUUUUGGUACAUGUCGAAUAUCAAUAUACUUAUGAUAAAAAAAACAUUAAUUUUAAAUGUUUUACCUACUUUUUAGCAAGGUUGUUCGACCAACGUGUAGAUAGAUUUGUAUUACAUGUUUUACGCGUUAGCAAUCUAAGUUUGCUAGCUUUAUAUUAAAUUUGUUAAUUUGCUUAUUUUUUUGUCAUAUUAUUGUAAUUUAUACUCUGUAUUUUGUAAAAUAUUUUGUAGUAUUUUUCGUCAGAGAAACAUUGUUUCGCGACGUGAAAGAAGAAGUCAUUGAAAUAGUGUCAUGUUUUUUAAUAUUUUUAUCAGUUCUUCCUUUACAAUUAAUUAAAUGCUAAAUAUACUUAACAUUUUUCAUUUAUUGAAAUAUUUCUCUUAAUUCUUCCAUUUCAUACAUUUCCAUUACGGGAUAAAUUACAAAUCUGGGAAGUGGAUUUCGGAUUAAACUUUUUUUUCCAAUGGUUAUUUUCCCGUAAUGACAACGGUUUCUCGUGGCAACUUUAUUUUAUAUAAUGUUGCCAGUGUAAAUAAUUUUUAUGGCACAUUUUUGCCAACUUAAUUACUACGGAAAGAACUGAAUUAUAUACUGAAAUAUAAAAUUUAAUUUUAAAAUGUUACACCAGUGUUGAUUGCCACGCAUAAUGUUGUGUGUGUGUGUGUGUAUACCAACUUUGCUUAUAGCCUAGUUAGUAAUCAUGUAUCAUACGGUUUAGAUAUCAUGUAUUAAAUCAUUUAGAUAUAUACGAAACACGUGUACCUUUAUUUUUUUAACUGAAUAAAUUAUGUAAAUUUUGA